UAUUGUUGGUAAUGAAAUGAGUUUCUACUUCAAUGAAUUAAUUAAAUUAGUCAUAGAAAACUUUAAACCUCAUUUUUCUCGGUUCAGCAUUGUUGGCUUUUCGGCCUUAAUCAUAUGUUGUUCGAGAAUUGAUAAGAUAAAGACUUUUCUCUUAUAUUAAUCUUAUCAUGCAUCGCGUUCACAAAUUAUAAAUGUUUUUCAUUCCAGUAUCAUACCAGUAGAUAUUUUAAUGCUGAUUGGCUCACUUGGAGCUGACUCUUUAGGAAUCAAUGUAAAUAUAAUAAUGUCCGCCAACUGCGAAAUUAAAUUCGAUCACAAUCCUCACGGAGUGUAUCUACCGGGACAGACCCUAUCCGGAACCGUAGAGCUUUGUUUGAAGGACACGCUGACCAUGAAAGGAGUUGUUCUCCAAAUCAAGGGCAGAGCAAAAGUUAAAUGGUCCAAAACAUCCACUAUAGGAGACAGUCAUUAUGUAGUUAAAUAUCGUGGCCGACAGGACUAUAUGAACUCUACAACGUAUUUAAUCGGGUCGAACGAUGGAUCCAAUAUCGAACUGCCUACAGGGCUACACGCAUAUCGAUUCUCAUUUAUUUUACCGACUGAUUUGGUCACAUCUCUGGAAGCAGACAAAGGCCACAUUCGAUACACCGUCAAAGUUAUGCUCGAGCGUUCCUGGAAAGUUGAUUAUUCGUACAAAAAGGCUUUUACAGUUCUACGUCACGUAAAUCUGAACGAAGAAAAUUUGGAAGUACGUCUACCAUCAAAAGUUGCAAAGCAGAAGCAUUUUCUCUGGGGACCUUUCAAAUCCGCUCCGUUGUUGAUGAUAAUAGAGACUCCCAUAUCCGGGUACGCCCCAGGUCAAACCAUAGCUGUUCGCAUCGAAGUCGACAACCAAAGCAAUAGGCAAAUGAAAGGAAUUAUCACCAGGCUAGUUCGAGAAGUGUCCCUCAUCAGUCAAUCUCCGCACACCAAAGUCCAGCCGGUUUACACAGUAGUUUCAGAGGUUCAGUGCAUUGGCGUUGAAAAGCGCAGCAAAGGCAGCACCAUGCAAUAUCUCAAUAUUCCACCUUUGCCUCCGACUAACAGGACUUGUCAAGUUAUGACCGUCAACUACUUCGUCGAGGUGGAAGGAAAUAUAUCCGGCCCUGCUUCUAACCCCAAAGUCCAGAUCCCCAUAACAUUGGGAACUAUUCCGCUAACAACCAACGCCGUUCCGAAUUUUGACAAUGCAGCAAGCACAUCUACCUCGAUAGUGGUCCAACCAAUGACGGUCUUGCAUGAGAAUUUACGUCCACCCAGUUAUGAGGAAGCGAUUCUUUCUUGUGAAAAUAAUGUUCAAGAAAAAGGAGAAACCAACAAGAUUGGAUGGAAAGAGUAUACACCAUGCUACACGAUUUACCAUUUCAACGAGGAAGAUAAAACUCACCCGUAUUCAAAUUCAAAAAAAUACUUGUGAUAUAAAAAUUGAAAAUAAAAUACGAAAAUACAUAGAUAAGAAGUCAUAAGCUAUAUCGGUAAUAAACAAAACAUUGUUUCACAUUAUGCUAUUGUGAUAUUAGCAACCAGUAAACUCUGAAAUAGAAUAUUCUCUUUCGUAGAGUAUUUUCACCGAACGUGUUGCACACUACCUUCGAUUGUGAGACAUGUUGGUUCGAUCCAACUUGUAAACAUUCCGAUGAAUGAUCGUGGCAAAGCAAAGUGACACGAGAGUCAAUCAGUUUGCUGAGUAUUGUUGCGACGGA